CAAGCGAUUAUCGUCGUUGUUUCACACUUUAAAUAUGUCGCUCGUGCCCAGACCUCCAGCUCCAGCUCCACCUCCAGCUCCCCACCUUGAUCCGUCCGAGUCCGUCCUUCUGUCCUUCUCACAACGCGCGCCACCGUGCGUCCACAUCAUCCGACAGGCCUCCUUUUCCAUGGCCUUGGUUCCUCGUCUCUUAUAGCGCUCCCCAGCUUUUCCUCCUCUCCAUCAAUCGCGACAAUGGCUGGGGAGCCGGCAGCACCACGCCACGCCUACGCGACCCUCCUCCUCAACGACAGCUACCUGCCCGGCGCCCUCGUCCUCGCACACUCGCUACGCGAUGCGCGCACCAGAAAACCGCUCGUCUGCCUCGCCACCCUCGAUUCAGUCUCCGCCGACGCGAUCACCCAGCUCAAGACCGUCUACGACCAUGUCAUCUCCGUGCCCAGGAUGCGCAACCCCGAUCCGGGGAACCUGUAUCUCAUGAAUCGCGCGGACCUGCAUUCAGCCUUUACAAAGAUCAAUCUGUGGAAGCUGGUCCAGUGGGAGAAGAUUGUAUACAUUGACGCCGAUGUCGUGGCCUAUCGCGCGCCGGACGAGCUGUUCACGCUCGGUGCCUCUUUUGCCGCAGCACCCGACAUUGGAUGGCCUGACCUCUUCAACUCGGGUGUCAUGGUCCUCUCUCCCGACCUGGGCGAGUACCACGCCCUCAGCGCUAUGGCCUCGCGCGGCAUUUCUUUCGAUGGCGCCGACCAGGGCCUCCUGAACAUGCACUUCAAGAACUCUUGGCACAGACUGAGCUUUGCGUACAAUGUCACGCCCAGUGGUCACUAUCAAUAUGUCCCUGCUUACAGGCACCUUUCCUCGACGAUCAAUAUGGUGCACUUUAUCGGUAGCAACAAGCCCUGGUUUGCAGGCAGGGGGCAGGAGGGCGGCCCCUAUGGAGAGAUGGUGGGACGAUGGUGGGCAGUGUGGGACAGGCACUUCAGGGAGGGGCCUGGCGACAGCUUGGUUCAUUACUACACGAACGGUGAGUGGCGGCCGCAAGUCAAGCAUGAGAUCGCAAAGGGGUCUACCGCUGCGUACGCUGAGCCGCGCGACAACCACCAUGAGGGCACUCAACAAGGCACUCACCAUGACCACUCUCACAGACAACGGGAGUCUCCUCAGCAGCGUGGUGGCGAAAGUCACGCGCAAACGCAAGACACUCCACAGCCAGCCAGCGAUAGUUCAGGACAACAGCAGCAACAAGAACACCACCACCACCACCAUCAACAGCAGCCGCAUGAGCAUGAGCAUGAGCAUCCUCAAAGUCAGCAACAGGAAGCAACCUCAGGGUACUCCUCCAGUGAGCCACCUAAGGAAGAACAGAAGCCAAUUCCUGAGCCGGAGCCACUGCCAACAGCAAGCUGGGACGCGCAAUGGCAUCCUCCUCCAUCCGACUCCAAACCAGAAGCUGUCAACUUCCCAUCCACCGUCUACACCAUGUCUCGGGAUCCCACGCCUUUUGUCCCACCAGACAGAUACCCGAGUCCGCCCAAGAACAUGUGGUAUGAGGUUCCCAAGGAGCCGCCAGCGCCGACAGCCCAGCCGCCAAGACAAGUGUUCCCUUGGGAAAGUCACCAGCCUAAACCCUCCCGCAUCUUUACCAACGCCACGCCUCUACCCGAUCUCAGUACGCAAACCACCGCAGUCGAGUCUAAGGAAACCGAGAAUGCGUCGGCGCCUGCCACGCCUAUUACACCCACCAUCCGGGUGCACCAGCCGCCGGCCGAUUCGUGGGGCACUUUCCAGCUCUCGAAUGCCUGGGACGAGAUCCCUCAGAUCAACCGCUACGUUGAUUCUUUGCAACAACACCGACGCGGCAAGAGCUUAGCUUCAGUUAGCUCUCCGACGGGACCCAGCACCCCCAAGCAGAAGAAAUCACGCGGCUUCAAGCUCACAGACUUUCCCUCAGAAGUCGAGCGACCUUCGCUACCGGUCACACCGGCGCCCAUCGCCCGACCCUCCUUUUGGGGCACGGAGGAGCAACCAAAGCGGACCGAGGGAGCACACGACGCGGGUGACGCCACGGCCCUCCCCAUGGCCGAGGGCGUACCCAGGCAGUCGGAAUGGGUAUGUGUACAUGGGAGACGGUGGCUUCCCUCUGAUUGCAUUUGUACCCUACUCCCAUCACUAGGUCUUACUAACGCUUCUACUAUGAAGGACCCCGAGGCGCAACUGCGGAAGCUGGCGCAACAGCAGUACGAACACGUGCUCCAGAAGCUGGCCACCGACGAAGGAGGUGAGGAGGGAGGGGCUAAGAAGCAGAAGAAGACUAUCCCCAACCGCAGCUUGCCGUUCGGCUCGGAGGACGUGUCGUCGCCGACGUAUAAGCCGCAGCAUCCACCCAAGAAGGAAGAGAAAGAGGAGGAAGAGGAGCGGGAGGAUAGGUCGACCUACAGGGGAAAGCCGGUCGCCGGGAGGGCACCAACGCCAGGGCCGGCGUUAACAUUGGGACUGAUGGACUCGCCUCUCCCGAGGGGCAAGUCUUGAAGUCUUGCUGUCAAUGGCCAGGAGGUGAGGUGCCCUUGUACAGUAUUGGCUGUGUUUUCGUAUUGGCUUCUUGCUCGCGUUGCUUUGUUUUGUUUUUGUUUUAUUUUAACCCUUGAUUCUGGGCGGCAGCAUAUCACGGCGUUCCAGGCGAUAGUACAGUGGACAGAGCAGGUACUUGGAUAGUCAAGAUCACGAUUUAGGAGGAUACGCGAAACAAAUAUAAGGACGGCAUGGAAACC